UUUUCUGUGGGAGGAGCCAGGAACUUCAGGCCCCGCCUCCCAAAUCUCGCCGCCUCUCAGCUCAAAACUCAUGGAGCGCGCGUGUCUCCAGGACAACUCGACAUAAACAAAGCAUUUCCGCUGGGAAUAAGAGCCCAUGGUGUCAUUCUCCUCUCAGAGUGUCUUCAGUACUCACCUGAGAAAAGCAGACACUUGAGAAUGCCUACAGGAACCAAGAAGUCCAAGUCCCAUAGUGCCAAACCUAGGAAAAAGAGUGACAAAAAGCGACUAUCUAAGAAAAGGUCAGCGAGCACUACAUGCACAAAGCCAGCAGUGGAUAUUCUGAGCCCAGCUGCCAUGGAGAACGCCUACUACAUUUCCCACAAUGCAGUAGACUGCCUGGAGUUCAGAGGUUUUGGCUGGCCUGAAGCCACUAAGAAAAAAGGAAAGGGACUCAAGAAAAAAACAAAAAAACAAAAAUGAGGAAGAGAGAACCAGUCUUACUGUGAAUUACAAAAAUAUCAGCCGUAGAUAUUCUGUUUAUGAUUCUGUCAGGUACAUCAAUUCUGAAUCAAUGCUGUAUAUAUUUUUAAUGAAGCCAAGCUAUCUUUCGUGGAUGCAUGUGUAAUGCUAAUGCUAAGUUGUAUAUUUCUGAGAUAAACAACAACAGAUAAAAUUCAUUCACUGGCCUCUUUAGACUGUUGAUAUUAAUUAAUGACCAGGUUGGUUGAUAUUAAUUAAUCACCAGAUGCUGUUUUUGACAGUGUACACAGUGCUGUUGAAUCCUUGAUUCUGAUUAGUCAGAAGGUGCUGAUAAAUCUUUUUGUAACAGCCGCACUUACAAUAGUUCUGGCUGCAAAUGUUAUAUUAAUGUGCUCAUUACUGUAACAACUUAUGCAGGAAUGGUGAACAUGCCACAUAAACAGAUUUUAAAA